AUGACCGAAAGUAGAAUUAGUUCAAGUAAUCACGUUGGAAACAGCAUGAGCAACCAGACCAAGGGAGAUGUAGAUAAAACUGUGGAAGACAUAGGAUGGAAAUCAAAAUUAAAAAUACCCCCCAAAGACAGAAGAAUAAAGACUAGCGAUGUGACGGAUACAAGAGGCAAUGAAUUUGAAGAGUUUUGCUUAAAGAGAGAGCUAUUGAUGGGAAUAUUUGAAAAGGGAUGGGAAAAGCCAUCCCCUAUUCAAGAGGCUUCAAUCCCAAUUGCACUCAGUGGUAAAGAUGUGCUUGCGAGAGCAAAAAAUGGAACUGGCAAAACAGGAGCUUAUUGUAUUCCAGUGUUAGAACAGGUAGAUCCAAAAAAAGAUGCUAUACAAGCUUUAAUUGUAGUACCAACUAGAGAGCUAGCACUACAGACAUCACAAAUUUGCAUUGAACUGGCGAAGCACACAGAUAUUCGUGUAAUGGUUACCACAGGAGGCACAAACCUCAGAGAUGACAUAAUGCGUAUUUACCAAAAUGUUCAAGUGAUUAUUGCUACGCCGGGUCGAAUGAUUGAUCUCAUGGAUAAACAAGUGGCUAAGAUGGACCAGUGUAGGAUGUUGGUUCUUGAUGAGGCCGACAAAUUACUUUCACAAGACUUUAAAGGAAUGUUAGAUAUGGUUAUUUCACGAUUACCAAAAGAACGCCAAAUCUUGCUAUUUUCUGCCACCUUCCCAUUGAGUGUUAAGCAGUUCAUGGAAAAGCAUUUAAGAGAACCAUAUGAAAUAAACCUCAUGGAGGAACUUACACUUAAGGGUGUCACACAGUAUUAUGCAUUUGUACAAGAACGACAAAAAGUACAUUGUUUAAAUACUCUGUUUUCAAAGUUACAAAUAAACCAGUCUAUUAUCUUCUGCAAUUCCACUCAGCGAGUAGAGCUGCUGGCAAAGAAAAUAACAGAGUUGGGCUACUGCUGCUAUUACAUUCACGCGCGUAUGGCGCAAGCACAUCGCAAUCGCGUGUUUCACGACUUCCGUGCGGGACUCUGCCGCAACUUGGUGUGCUCUGACCUCUUCACCAGAGGUAUUGAUGUGCAAGCGGUCAAUGUCGUCAUUAAUUUCGACUUCCCGCGCAUGGCGGAGACAUAUCUACAUCGUAUUGGUCGUUCUGGGCGGUUCGGCCAUUUGGGUAUUGCGAUCAAUCUAAUAACGUACGAAGAUCGCUUUGCUCUUCACCGCAUUGAACAGGAGCUGGGUACUGAGAUUAAACCUAUACCAAAGGUAAUCGACCCGGCGCUAUAUGUGUCGCGCCCGGACGAAGACGACUCGGCUGAAAAGUAA